GUCUUUGUGACAGCUGAAUGCAGAAAACCAGAGAGAUUUUCCUUGUGCAACAGUUUUAGGCAUGUGGUUUGAAAUAAUACCAUCUUUCGCCAUUAUAACUGCAGCUAUGGCUGCUCCGCACGGGAUUGCUUAUGUAAUGAAUUACGUUGUAGUUGGAAAUCUAUUCAGGCGUUCGCUGGAUACAUUUGAGCAAAGGAAGCAAUAUCUGAGAGACAGAAGACUAUCAAAAGGAGCAGGAGAUCGAUGGGGGGAUCCUUACAAGGUUAUAGGCUUGGAAAAUAUUCCUGACGAAGAAGAGCACCAGUGUAUGUGCGGCUGCGGGGGAAAGAAAAUAGAGGAGGAAAAUCAAGGGGAACAGAAGUGAAAUUUGUCCAAUAAUUGACCGAAAUAUAUACCUGAGUGUGUUCUAAUUAUAAAGUCUAAAGUUGGUUUUAUAUAAGAUUGUAAUUGAUGUUAAAUAUUACGUUAUAUUGGUAUGUAUAUGUUCUAAUGGAAUAGAAUUUCAAAAAAUGUUUAUCCAAUUUAUUAAGAAUGGAAAAAAUGAUUGUUGAUUCGCGGCAACAAACGAUUUUUCCAAAUUUUGGGAUGCCCAUUCAUGACUAAAAAUACCAGUGCUUUGCAAAAUUGUGCAAAUUGUAAUAAUCGAAAUCUUAGAAAUUUGAGUUCAAAAUUGUAGAUUUUUUCGAACUAAAUAAAUAGUAUUAUCACGACGGAUCAUAAUUGUUGCUGAGAC